GUACAGUAGCUCUGAGUACAUUUCUGCACUCAACACAGCGAGUUCAGGCGGGCAGUGAGCUGAAGCGGGCAGGAUGGCUAAAAGUGAUGGACAUGCUUAUUUCAGGAGAUCAAGUCUGUUCUGGAUAGUAACUGUAACGCUGUCGAUGAGUUACUAUACAUGGGUGGUCUUCUGGCCACAUCAGGUACCAUAUGAUAGUCUGGGUCCGCUUGGUGCUCUUUCAAAGCAUCUCGUGAAUGAACAUUACAGCAUCAUGUACAAGGGAUGGUGGUGUGCUUGGGCCAUCCACAGCUUUGAAGCCUUGGUAGCACUGAAAGUAUGCAGUGAUAAAGGCAUUGACAGCCUGUCCACUCGUCUCCUGUGGUUCGCUCAGACAGUAUUGUUUGGCUUUGCUUCUCUGGGUUUGCUUCUCAAAUACAAGCCUGACCGCCGUGCCAAACAGCAAUGAGUAGCUGCAGACACAGAUUACUAUGAACAGAAACUGCGUUUUUCAGUGAGGGAGGCAAGACUAGGUAGAUCUUUUUAACAAAACACUUCUACAUAUUCACACAGAGCAGAAUCACAUUCCACAACAGAUUAUGCUGAUGUGCAAUUACAUUUACAUUUAGCAGGUGCUGUUAUACAAAACUAUCACAAGUGACCUCUGUGAAAUAGGACUACACACCCCAAUAACACUACCUCUCAUAUGGCUGUAGCUGCUAAGAGGGACCUUUUCUAUACAUUUCACUAGAGAAAGCCUUAAUGACCCAACCUGAAUUGCUGCAACACAAAGGCCAAUUUUAGUACUCCAUUAACAAAGGCUUUUAAAUAAUUCUAUGGUUGUCAUUCAGAAUGGUUUGAUGUGAAAUGGUUUAUUGUAGAGAAAUUCACCAACUUAGAUUUCUUUACAGUGGUGGUGAUAGCAACCACCAGUCAACCUUGCAGUGAAAUGUUUUAAUAUGUAAAAAAUAGUGGUAAAUCUGAGGUUCAAACAGGUUUUUUAGGGGGCUAUUUUGCCUUACAAUGCACUGUGUAUGCCUCUCUGCCAUGAAUGGCUUUUAAAAAUGUGUCUUUGGCCAAAACUUUGUCUUAAAACUAUUGUAAAACAAUGUCUCAGGCAUCAGGCAGCAUGUUUCUAAUCAUUUCUUGUAAUACAUUUCUGUAAAGUAGCUUUUGGAGGCAUCAAAUGCUCAAACAAUUCUGAUUUGGCAAGUUUUUCUCAAACGAAGCAUUUCAUGCCAAACCAUUCUGAAUGGCUUUGUUUACAAAUUAGCCAUCCAACUAUGCAUACAUUUUGAUAAAUCAUUUGAAUUCCCCUUCUAAAGACAAUUUGCAUUAUUGUCCAUUAUGGGAGAAGCCUUAGCAGUAGCAACUCAUAAUAUGCAGUUUUGCACAUGCUCUUCAGAAGCUGGAAUUUGAUUGUGUUUAACCCCUUACACUGCACCUUAUUAUUCAUUAAUCAUAAGACAUAUCAAGUACUAUGAAUUAUUCAUUGACUGCUAUGAAACUGGAAUGUAAGUUAUGUAGUAGUGAGAGUGAGGGAUUGAGGGAAAGUGUGGACCCCCAUACAGGCCCUUACUGUGUAAGAGGUUAUAAUCUAAGGCCGGAGAAUUAAUAUUAUGUGCCUCCUAGCCUAGUGUAUGGGGAACCUUUAAUAUUUCAGUAAGCUCUCAGUAGGACUUCUCCACUAAUGGACAACAGCUAUGGCUGCCAUUGUCAACAGCCAGAACUAGCCAUGAGCAGCUCAUCCAGUUAGAACACUGCUUCUGCAGCUCAAUGUCAAGGCCCAGUAGUCCUCCACACUGUCCGUGGGCAGGAACUGAUGAGAGUGAAACUGGACCUGUUCUCACUGAGUGAUGGGAUUUGGCAGUGUUUGUGUCAUUUGGGUGUCUGCCUGGUGAAGCUGACAGAGCUGGGCAGUUAGCAUUGUGUUCCAAGCAUAUUUCUGCUCAAAGAGGUUAUUUUGAAAAGGUACAGUGGCAAAAAUCACCAGCUACAAAAUAUGUAGAUAGACCUACAUCAACACAAUCAUGAUCACCUGUAGUGCUGUGAAAAAUGACCUGCCUUACAUCUGAUCAUCUGUUUUUUCACCCUGACUAUCAACUGGUCAACCCAGCUUAAUCAAAACCUACAUCUAAACCAUACAUGUCAGUCUGAACCACCAAAUAAUAAAGAUCUAAUGCUGAUAUCAUUAACAGAAUUUGUAAAAGAAAGUGAUUGAACACCUAGUUCCCUCCUGCCCCCCCCCCUAUACUCAGUAACUGGUUGCUCCACCAGCUUCUGCAAAGUAGGUUAAAUUUCUUUUGGCCAAGGCUGCUCCAAAUCUGAUUGUUCUAAAGGAUUCUAACAGCUGACCUUAAUUACCCCAUAACUGGAUUUGGGUCACCAGAGGAGGGAAUUACUUUUUCCAUACCUGAUGAUUGUGUGUUUAAUCACUGUGAAAAAAAAAAUGCAGAAAUGCAGAAAAUCAGUCAGGGCCUUAUCUUUUCACAGCACACGUCAUUGCAGAUAUCAGUUAUUUAUUUCAGUGCAGUGAAUACAGGAUUUCAGUGUUCAGAUUUUAUAAAUGAGUAAAACUAAACAGGCCUUGCAAAGAACAAUAUUUUUAAAAUAUAAUUUAACAGCAUUUUGAAUUGUUUAGCGCAGUAUCUCCAAACCCUGGUCCUGUAGGCUCACUGGCUUGUGCAUUUUAGUUUUUUCUCUGCUACAGGCACACCUGAUCUAAUCAGGGCUGGGCUUCCCAAAAGCAUCAUAUCACAAAGAUUCUUGUUAAAUGGUAGAGCGAGCAUUACUUUAAACACUCUCUCUACCAGUUAAGAUCAUCGUAAUACUACGAUGCCCUGCUCAUUAACAAUCCCUUACUGUGUUGAAGUGGCUGUGUUUAAAGCAGGGCGGUGUGCCUACAUGACCAGGGUUGGGAUGCUGAUGCAGUGCCUUUAAACAUUUUAUGAGGGAACAACACAGAAUAGACAGAAUUCUUUGUGAAAUUUUAGGAGAAAUGAACAGUUUUAUGGUAUUGCCUUACCUGCAAUGAUUUUUGAAUUUUGUUUUAACUGUUCCAUUAAUCACAACUCACAUGUUGUCAUAGGUGAAGGGGUUUAAUUUUCUUUUUUUGAAAAAUAAAGCAGUGAUUUAA